UUUUUUUCCUUUAUUUUUAGAUAAAAAUUUAAAAAAAUUCUUUUAUUCAUCAAAAAUGCCGUUGAAAGAAGUCGAACCAAUUAAAGUUCCAGUUGGUGAAAAGCCGAGUAAAAUGAAUGAAAUGAAUGACGUUUUUGCACAAAUUAGCAAUUUUGGAGAUGGGAGGCUUUCUAAAAUGGAAGUUGAUUAUUCUGCUGAUACGGACAAGGCGAUAGUUGAGGCCGAUAAGAAACAAAAGGAGGGAUCAACUCGUGAAGCUAUUGAAUUAUUGCAACAACUUGAAAAGAAAUCUCGUUUGGAUUGUGACACAAAAUCAAAUGAACGUAUUGUUCGUCAUAUGGUUAAAUUGGCUUUUGAUGCUAAACAAUGGGAUUUAUUAAAUGAAACAGUUAAAGCACUUUCAAAAAAGCGAGCUCUCAUCAAGAUGAAUAUGACUUACAUGAUUCGGGAUUGUAUCGAAAUGAUAGAAAAGCUUCCAAAUGAGAGCACAAAGGAAAGAUUUAUUGAAACUCUCAGGGCAGUUACUGCUGGGAAGAUUUAUGUCGAAGUGGAACGUGCUCGUUUAACAAAACGUGUUGUGAAUAAAUUGGAAGCAGAAGGAAAAUUGGAUGAAGCUUGUGAGAUGAUUAUGGAAAUGCAAGUGGAGACUUAUGGAUCUAUGGAGAUUACGGAAAAGGUCAAAUUUCUGCUUCAUCAAAUGCGUCUAUCAAUUCAAAAAGAGCAAUACACUCGUGCUACAAUCAUUUCGCGUAAAAUUAGUGACAAAUUUUUUGAUCGUGAAGGAGAUGAGUUUUAUAAAUAUAUGAUACAAAUCGGGCUUAAUGAUGAGUCCUAUUUGGAUGUUUGUAAACAUUUUCUAUCUAUUUUCAAAACGCCAAAAUCUGCAGAAGAUCCUCACACACAUUUGGAGUUGUUAAAAUGUAUCGUUUUCUAUCUACUUCUAUCUCCGCAUGAUUGUGAAAAAUGGGAUUUGUUGCAAAGAAUAAAAGGAAUGAGAGAAUUGGAGAAAUUGCCACAACAUAAAGAAUUGUUAAAAUUAUUUAUUCGGCAAGAAUUAAUUUUUUGGAAAGAAACGAUUGAAGGGGAAUAUUCAGAAAUUUUAUUUGGUGAAAAGGCAACAGAUGAAAAAAUGGCGGUUGAUGGAGUUGCUGGUUCGAUGCCGAAUUUGGAGGUCUUCCCAAUGUCCAAACCUGAAGGCAUUAAACGAAAGGAACGUCUUCAUGAUUGUGUUGGGGAGCAUAAUGUUAGAAUGAUUUCUAAAUAUUACACUCGAAUCAGUUUUCAACAAAUGGCUAAACUUUUGGAAUUUAAUAUUGAGCAAAUGGAAACCUUUGUUUGUAAAUUAAUUGUUGAGGGUGUUAUUCCAGAUGCCAAAAUUCACCGUCCUUCUCAAAUUAUUUAUUUAAGUCCAAAACUUUCAACAGUUGAAAUAUUGGAUCAGUGGGGUUCUAAUAUCCACAAAUUGACUAGCACAAUUAAUAAAGUUGCACAUUUAAUUGUUAAAGAAGAGAUGGUACAUGGAAUGGAAAUUACGCAAAAAGCUUGA